AUGCAGCUAUUCCUCGACCAGCGCUCAAGCAUCGUGAAUGCACUAGAUCAACUCAUCACUCACAUUCCACUCAUCGAAGGAACCCAAUCUACACAUACUGACUGGCUUCGGAUCACAAAGUCCCUAACUGAUGAAAAGGCGCGCUUGAACUCGUUGCUUCCAUCCAAUAACCCGCAAGAUACAGGGAACAUUUCUUGUCUUGGUGAUAGAAUCGGUGUCAUCAAUUCACACAUUGACAGAAUGAUCGAGGACCUGGAGAAUUUCAAUGCCGCACUCACCGCUGACUCCUUGCUGAUCAUUAGCACGCAGAUUGGACUACUAAGUUUUCAGGGUUUAGAAGAUCCACAGGCGGCUGAAAUGGAACGGCGUGCUCAAGAGCUCGAGCGCAAGUUCAACGCAGGAAGUUGUUUGCCGUCCGGUGCUGGCCCUAGACCGAGCAGUCUAUGGGAAGCACUUACUUUGAGUGUUUCGGGCUGCAGUUGUCGGCACUGCAAGAAUCGGUAA